AUGCGCUCUAGAGAUAAAGAUUCUGUGUUAAACCUUCUUUUAGUAGGCUUUUACCCACAAAAUCAAAUACAAGAAUCUGCUUUGGCGUCAUUCGCAGCUGAAGAUGUACUUCUGGUAACUGAUAAAUUUCGAAUUAUUGAAAAUGUAGAUAAAAUUGUUCAUCUUACUAUCAAUUCAAGUAAUUUACUGAUAUUCCCUAUUUUGAUAAAUAUAAUGGCUAUCACAAUCGAACUUCCUCAAGUUGAAUCUGAUAACAUCAUUUUAACUAUAGAAACAAAAGAUUAUGUAGAUCAGGAUUACAUAACUCAAAAAUUAGAAUGUUAUCACUUAAAGUCUGCUCAACACCUUGCUUCGACUACCUCUUCCAUUAAAGUAGGAUCUGUUCUUUUUAUUAGUAGAGAAUUAACAUUGAUGUUAACUCGUGAUAAUUAUAUCGUUCAUCUCCGUACUAUAAACUUUGCUGAAUCUCAAAAAUCUGGUGUCAAUUUAAAAACUCCAGCUAAUCUUCCUUGGUUAAAUGAAACUCCAACUAAUAAAUCAAAUACUAAAUCUACAUUUCCGAAUAAAAUUUCAACUAAUAAAUUGAACACUGUAACCGCGCUCCUUAAUGAAACUCUAACUAAUAAAUCAGACACUGAAGCUACAAUUCAAAAUGAACCUCUAACUAAUAAGUCAAGUGCUAAAACUGCUGCCCAACAUGAACCUCUAGGUGAAGAAUCAUGUACUGAAACCACAACCCGAACAAUUGCCACAAGAGUAAAAGGUAGUAGAAGAAAGAAAACAACCACUAUAAAACCAUACUUUAGAUCAAAAGAAUGCCCAAAAGUUACUGAUCUUGCAAAAAUUGCAUUAAGCAAUCAAAAUGAUAGAAUCCCUGAUUCAUCUACAUCUUAA